AUGGCACUGAAAAUUUUCGUUCAACAAGGCGUUAGCCUUUAUGGUAACGAUUUUGUUAGCUAUAAUGUCCAUGGUUUAUUGCAUCUUGUAGACGAUGUCGAACGUUUUAGCCCGGCGGACGAGUAUUCGGCAUUCCCGUACGAGAAUGCAAUAAAAGUAUUUCGUCGAUACGUAAGGAAGCCACAUCUGAGUCUGCAGCAAAUAGCAAACAGAAUAGCAGAACGUGUUCAGGUAGUUGUUCUCCGCCUGCGCAUAAAUCAGUAUGAUCAAGCUCCAAACACUCUCGCGGCUGCUGCAAAGAAUCGUAAUUAUUCGAAGCCGAAUUGGUCAGAAUUUACCGAUGCGAUGGGCAACGCGCUCAGAAGUUCCAAGCAGCGUCAUCGCAACGCUCUCAACAAAAUGGAGAAUCAAAAGGCAAGGAAACGGUCCACCCGUAAAUCGUCAUCAGCGCAUCGAAAAUCGCCAGCGGUCGAACUCACCAAUGGAUCACGAUUUUCACCGUUGUCCUCGAUUAAUUCAAUGGAGAAUCUAAGAAAAAUACAAGAAGGUGGUCCAUCUGCAAAUCGUUACCAGCGCAACGAAACUCGCCAGCUUUCGAGGCCCAACUCACGAAUGGAUCGCGGAGGAAACGAAUCUCGAAUGGGAAACUUUGAUGGUGAUAUAGGACGGCAGAGCCGUGAUGACCGAAGCGCCCAUCACAGCGUAAACCAACGAAACCGUCUACAAAGAUUUUCAUUGUCGUCCUCGCUAAGUUCAACGGUUUCAAGGGAGAGAUCUCGCUCUCGCAAUCGGACAUUUCAAAAGGAUUGUGUAGCUUCUAUUUUCGUCACUGCCAGCUCAGAUGGAAAAACUUUAGUGGUGACCAAAAUAAACAAUACUCAUAGUCACAUUUGCUCAAAGGAAUUGUUUAAUUUUUUACCACAAAUACGUGGUUUAUCAGCGAUUGAAAAAACAAAAGCGCGCGAGUUACUUGACCUGCAAGCAAACAAAAAACUUGUGAGGCAAAAAUGCGUGGAUGAUUUUGGAAAACAAAUUUUGUUGAAAGAUCUUUCAAACAUCAUGAAAAGACAAGGAAGUCAUAAUAACUUGAAGACCACUGUCGAAAAAUUGGAAAAAAAAUUUGGAGCCGAAUGCCAUAUUUACGAAGAAGACACUGAAAUGAAGGGCCUAUUUUUUGUAACAAAACAAAUGAGGGAUGCAAUGGAUGCGUAUCCGGAAUUUGUGGGCAUUGACGGCACUUUCAAAUUGCUCAAUAUUCGAGCUCCAAUCUAUUUAAUGGUUGUGGAAGACUCCGAAGGUAGCACUGAAAUUAUUGCAGUUUGCAUACUCGUCAACGAGGAUGAAGACAGCAUGGCUUGGCUGCUACAAACUUUCAAAUGAGUCAUCCGUCAUGGUUAAACAUCAAAACAGUCAUGGCAGAUAAAGAUUUGCUUGAGAGACGAGUUAUUAAACGCGAAUUUGGAUCCGUCAAGGUUCUCAUCUGUUCUUUUCAUUCCUUACGAACCUUUAAUAGGGAGAUCAGUUGUGAAAAACUGGCAAUUACGCCAGAACAGCGAGAUGCAGCAAAAAAAUAUUCCAAAAAAUGCUCUCAGCAACGGAGUCGGAGUUUAUGGAAUAUUACGACGAAUGCAUGAAAAUACCACAAUCGGCGAUAUUGGAAUAUUUCAAUAAAAAUUGGCACGAUAUUCGCAAUGAAUGGACCUUGUCAAGGGACUUCAUGCAAUAUACCUUUUUAAACACGACCAAUAAUAGGAUUUAGUCGUUGAAUGCAAAAUUAAAAAGCGUCGUCAAGUUAUAUAGCACAUUGGAAGAAUUCGUCGAAAAUUUCUUUUUGUUAGUUGCGUGUUUGCAUUCUGAGCGCGACUUCAGAGCUGCUUAUAACUAUCAAAAAACUUUGGUAAUUCCGUUCGAUGAAGACAGUGCAGAAUCAUCGUAUUAUCAUUACGUGACGAGAUUUGCAUAUGAUUUUGUAAAGAAAGAGUUGGAUAGCUUCAGACGUGGAAAGCUUGUGAUGAUUCAUGAGAACGACGGUCAAAUUGAGUUUCGAUUAGGCAGGUCGAGAGUAGUGGCGACUUCGAAGUCUUGUGAAUAUCCAGCGUUUGUUUCGAUGAUGCUGCCGUGCCGGUUUAUAUUUGAUUGCGUUCAUUUCUUUUUAAUUUUUCAUUUGACAUAAAGUUGAUGGUAUUUUCGUUCCUUGAACUGUUCGUUAUUUGCCGGUGCAUUAACUUUUGUAGCCACAUAUUUGCUGUCAAAGAGCAAUUGAAAGAUUUAUAUGACGUCACGAUCUGCAAUCAACGGUGGACCAAGCAAUACUAUUGCAAUACGCAACGUAUUUUCAAAGGUGGACAGUUGGAAGCUGAGGAAACUGAGGACUUUUCAACAUUGACAAUUUCUUCAAAACCUCCAAAACGUGUGAUCACAUCAGAAAAUUAGCGUUACAGGAUGCUCCGAAUCAUCACAAAUCAACUCAACACUCUGGGAUGUGAAGUUACUGGCCAGAAGUUCUUAGAUCGUUUGAAAUUUUUUAAUUCAGUAAAACAAGCUUGGAUUGAGAAUCGUAACGUUCAUCUUUCCACGGGACUAGUACCGAUGCAGCCGUCUGUAAUCACGAGUACGCCGGAACUUAAUAGUGUUCAGCCGGAUAUGAUUUUUGAUCAGUUUUUAUCCGAAAUCCCUAGCGAUGAAAUAUAAUGGGUUUGGCUCGAAGAUAUUGAAAAUUCGGCGGAAGAAAGUAGGGACAGUGAAGGGUCCGAAAAAGAUGUUGAAGAAACAUUAACGCAUUCAUCAAAUUUUAUACCGACUGUGAUGAACGAUGUAGACAGUUUACAAUGUACGGAUGCCAUGUCGACAACCGAAAAUGAUUGCCGCUAUCGAAAUUUGAAUUUAAUUAACAUCACAGUACCUUGCGCUGUCAAGCGGAGAGGUCGUCCGAAAGGAUCCGAUAAAACUGUAAUCGGGUUAUCCAAAAAAUGUAAGAAAUCGUCAGUAACGAGAAAAAUCCCUUUCAAAAAAUUGGGAUGCAAAGAAAAAGCAAUAUUGAUACUUCGUUGGUUGGUUGAUGAAGAAAGGGCUUUGUCAGCGGUUCACUACGAUGACGUUGUUAAUAUUGAUUUCAUCAAAAAAUGAUUUUCUCAAGAUGCUUGGGCAGUUGUAAAGCAGGUUAUAAAUCGAAUCCGGAGAAGGUUCAUUUUUUCACUAUCCCUAAGAACCCGGAAAGUGAACAGUUAUGGAAAAGUGCUGUGCGACGAAAAGGGAAUUUGGGAAAAAUUGGUAAAGCAGUAUGCGAGAAACAUUUCCACAAGAGUGACAUUGUUUGGGAACGGCAAUUUCUGAGUCCUGAUGGAAAAGUUCUUGGAGUGGUGAGUUUGAUCAUUCUUUUUUGGCUAUAAAGCUGAAUUUUCAUUUCUUUAAUGUAAUAUUCGAAUGUCAAAAUAAAAUUUCAGGGGAAAUACAAAGUUCCUCGCUUAAAAAAAGGAUGCGUUCCAUCACUUUUUCCAUGGGUGGAGACUGUGGAAACAGA